CUAAAAACUGUUGACUUUAGUUUUUUCAUAAGAAAAAAAAAAGCCAAGUCCAAAAAGCCUGUGAAUUCAAGCACUUAACACAGCUGAGAAGAGCAGGGAACUCGGGAUGGGAACCACCAAUGAAUUGGGCUCCGUGCGACCAGGAAAGGUCCCUGCAGCUGUGAAGUGGAAUGCCAUGGCCAGCUCCUCGGACAGCGAAGAUGAUGGUUUCAUGGCCGUGGACCCAGAAGACACCGUGGCGGAAGGGACGAUGGAGCAAGACGAUGAGCCGCACGCUGAGCUGGAGCUCGAGGAGACCAGGCACAACAGAUCGAUGUUGGAGCUGCCAGAAGAGGUUUUGGAAUAUAUCCUCUCCUUCCUUUCGCCCUAUCAGGAGCACAAAACCGCCGCCCUUGUCUGCAAACAGUGGUAUCGACUAAUCAAAGGUGUGGCCCAUCAGUGUUAUCACGGCUUUAUCAAAGCGGUGCAAGAAGGAAACAUCCAGUGGGAGAGUCGCACGUACCCCUACCCCGGCACCCCCAUCACGCAGCGCUUCUCGCACAGUGCGUGUUACUACGAUGCCAACCAGUCGAUGUACGUGUUCGGCGGCUGCACGCAGAGCAGCUGCAACGCCGCCUUCAACGACCUCUGGAGACUGGACCUGAACAGCAAGGAGUGGAUCCGGCCCCUGGCAUCGGGUUCGUACCCCUCGCCCAAGGCGGGGGCCACGCUGGUGGUCUACAAGGACUUGCUGGUGCUUUUCGGCGGGUGGACGCGGCCGAGCCCUUACCCCCUGCACCAGCCGGAGAGGUUCUUCGAUGAAAUCCACACCUAUUCGCCCUCCAAAAACUGGUGGAAUUGCAUCGUCACCACGCACGGCCCCCCUCCCAUGGCCGGACACUCCUCCUGCGUCAUCGAAGACAAAAUGAUUGUUUUCGGGGGUUCGCUGGGAUCGCGGCAAAUGAGCAACGACGUCUGGGUGCUGGAUCUCGAGCAGUGGGCUUGGUCCAAGCCCAACAUCUCCGGGCCCAGCCCUCACCCGCGAGGCGGCCAGUCUCAGAUCAUCAUAGACAACGAGACCAUCUUAAUCCUGGGUGGCUGCGGUGGUCCCAAUGCACUGUUCAAAGACGCCUGGUUACUGCACAUGCACACAAACCCCUGGACGUGGCAGCCGCUCAAGGUGGAGAAUGAAGAUCACGGAGCCCCGGAGCUCUGGUGCCAUCCUGCCUGCAGGGUGGGACAGUGUGUUGUGGUUUUCAGCCAAGCUCCCAGCGGCAGAGCCCCGCUCAGCCCCAGCCUCAACUCUCGCCCCUCUCCCAUCAGUGCCACACCGCCCGCCCUGGUCCCCGAAACGCGGGAAUACCGCUCCCAGUCUCCUGUCAGGAACACGGACGAAGCUCCCUGUGUCAACGGCCGCUGGGGCACCUUGCGACCCCGAGCGCAGAGACAAACCCCCUCGGGAUCCCGGGAGGGCAGCCUGUCCCCAGCCAGAGGGGACACUUCUCCUGUGCUCAACGGUGGGAGUUUGUCACCUGGAGCCGUGGCAGCCGGCGGUGCCUCUUUGGACAGCCCGGUGCAGCUCGUAUCGCCCAGCACACCCUCCGCGGCCGAAGGAUAUGACCUAAAAGCAGGGCUGGCCCUGGCGCCACGCCGGGGAUCGCUACCGGAGCAGAAAGACCUGCGAUUGGGAUCUGUCGACCUCGGCUGGGAGCAGAAACCGGCUUCCAUCCUCUGCCAGACGGACGGCGCGGACAGCAGGACGGUCAGCAUCAGGAACCCCCCCGAGCAAACCAACGGCGUCCACACGCCGCCCCACGUCGCCAGCUCCCUCCCGGGCGCCGUUUCCCCCGGCGCGCUCCGGAGGAGCCUGGAAGCCGUCAAAGCUCUCUCUUCCAAAAACCCCUCGGCUUCCGCUGCGCUCAGCCCCCCUCUGGCUUCUUCCCCGGGCUCCCCGGGCGCCGAGACGGGUUCGACGGCACGUUUGGGCUCUACCCAAAGCGACGGCCAUUCCUUACCUCCCAUCGCCCGCCGCCUGGGCCACCACCCUCCCCAAUCCCUCAACGUGGGGAAGCCUUUGUACCAGAGCAUGAACUGCAAACCCAUGCAGAUGUACGUGCUGGACAUUAAAGACACCAAGGAGAAAGGACGAGUCAAAUGGAAAGUGUUUAACAGCACUUCAGUGGUGGGGCCGCCCGAAACCAGUUUACACACAGUGGUGCAAGGCAGAGGGGAAUUAAUCAUAUUCGGUGGCCUCAUGGACAAGAAACAAAACGUCAAAUAUUAUCCCAAAACAAAUGCCUUGUACUUUGUGGGAGCAAAAAGAUAAUUCCGGCCCCUUCGCCGCCGUCUCCUUCUCCCCUCCCUCCCCGCGGCUCUUCCCUCUCCUUCCCCAGCCCUCGCUCCGUCCCGCAGGCGUUCAAACUGUGAAUUUAGGCAGCAAGAAACCAAUAAAAUCCAAGCAAAACCUCCAGCGCUGCCCCACCGGGUCCCAAUUAGAGCCCGGUUGUGUUUACAGGAGCCGCGACGCUUCGAGCCGAGGAUUUGAGGUGAGCAGGUAGGGAAAUCUGCCAACCAGGAUCCUCUUGAGGUCGGUCUUUAUUUCCCAGGGGUUUGAGAGGCUUCGUAUCUCUCCAAAACUCCUGGUGGGAUGCGAGUAGAAGGGAAUUUCUCCAAAAUUCUCCAAUUUGUGUGCUGGACUCUGUGAGGAAAACAACAGCAAUACCCCCAGGAACCUUCCAGCGCUGCAAACCUUUGCUCAACACAAACACGAUGCCUUUUGGAGCUGGUUUUCUUUUUGCCUCUCACCCCUUUGGAUGCCGCUCUGGUCCCUGUUCUCCGCACCAUUAGAAGGAAGAACAGACUCAUUUUUUUUUGUAUGAAAAUGCCAAAAAUAUUAAGAAUUAGCCGAGCGUUGGCAUCCUCCCCUCCCUGCCCUGUGCUGGAUCAGACCUGAUCCGCAAAAAACUCACUUAUUUCCUCAAAAAAACCUACUAUUCCCCCCCAAAGCUGUGAAAUUUGGCUGCCGUUUCCCUCCAAGAAUUGAAGGUUUUGUUGUCACUCAGCAGCCCAAACCCGUUCGAGGCUGAACCAGCACCUCAGAACCUGGGAACGGGGUUUGUUUUCCGGCCAAAAGGGUGAAUAUUGGUAAAUCUGAGCGUGCACGGGCUCGCUGACCGCACCUCGUCUUUGCACCUGCCUCCUUCCGCAGAGAUUCAGACAGAUGAAAAUCCGAAGGGAUCGAACCUUCCAGAACAAUCUCCCUCCUUCCCUUUCCUGGGGAUGGGGGGGCAAAAUGGGCCAAUUCUGCCAAGUUUUGGUCAACAGCCUCCAGCACCCAAAAAAUAAGGAGCCCUCCCCAAACCGGCAGCGCCAUGACGUGGCCCCUUUUCCUCUAUUUCUUUAUGUUUUGUCUUUUGAAGUUUUUCUCUUUAUUAUUUUAUUUCUCCUUUUUUUUUCUUUUUUUCCCUAUUUUUUCCUUUUUUCCUCCUUUUCUCCUCCUUUUCUCCUCCUUUUCUCCUCCUUUUCUCCUCCUUUUCUCCUCCUUUUCUCCUCCUUUUCUCCUCCUUCUUUCCUCCUUUUCUCCUCCUUUUCUCCUCCUUUUCUCCUCCUUUUCUCCUCCUUUUCUCCUCCUUUUCUCCUCCUUUCCUCCUCCUUUCCUCCUCCUUUCCUCCUCCUUUCCUCCUCCUUUCCUCCUUCUUUCCUCCUUCUUUCCUCCUUCUUUCCUCCUUCUUUCCUCCUUCUUUCCUCCUUCUUUCCUCCUUCUUUCCUCCUUCUUUCCUCCUUCUUUCCUCCUUCUUUCCUCCUUCUUUCCUCCUUCUUUCCUCCUUUCCUCCUCCUUUCCUCCUCAUUUCCUCCUCCUUUCCUCCUCCUUUCCUCCUCCUUUCCUCCUCCUUUCCUCCUUUUUUCCUCCAUCCCCACUGAGCAUUUUGCCGGUCGGAGCCUUAAAUCCCAUCCCAGCCGCAGGGGUCGGGGAGGGUUUUGCUUCGGCUGCGGCUUUUCCACCUCUGUAAAUAAAUUCCUCAUCCAAUCCAACCUCUCCCCCGCCCCAUCCACAACAUUAUUUGAUGUAUCCAAACAAAACGCAAAAUGCAGUUUUUCCCCCCAAAACCUCAGGAGCACCGAGGGUGAGGUAUGAACUAUUUCUUCUCCAAUUUAAGCUUCAUUUGGAGCUUCGGCAUCAAUUCAUUCCCCCCCCAACUUUGCAUGUCUCACUCCCCCCACAAAAAGAAGUCAAAAAAGGGAUGGAUGACACCAUUGGGUCGACAUCUGUCCAUCCUCAAAUGGUCCCAAAAUCCCCCCAAACUGCCCCAAAAUCCAUGUAACCGCUCCCAAAAUCCCCACGGGGCGCGGAAGGGCAUGUUCUGCGCCGUUAAUGAUAAAACUCACCCCAAUUUUGACGCAAACCGCCCCCCCUCGAGCCGCUGGUGCUGUGAGCGAGGUGUCACCCCCCCCGCGACUCAGGUGUCCCCCCCAUCGUCAUCCCCGGCUCGGCCGAGCAUAGGAAUGAAAAGCGAUUUUUGGUGAUAUUUAAAAUCUUGUGUACAUUUUUUUGGGGGGGGAAGGGGGUUAAUGGGUUCCCCUUCCCCUCCUCCCCCACCCCAUCCUGAUGAAUUUUUAGCAAUUUAACAAAUAAAAAGGAAAAUAAAUA